AUGACUGGAAAAGAUCCUCAAGAAUUACUAGAAACUCUUUCAAAACAUGAGUUAGAAGAUCAGUUAAAGAAACAGCUAGAACACCAGUUAAAGGUAUUUCAUGAGGAACUUGUUAGUAAUGAUUCUUCCUAUGAUGAAAAUGUACUAAAGGGAUUUCCUGAUCUGGAAAUGCAGAAUCCAGAUAAUAUACUUUUUAAUGAGUAUCUUCCUGCUUUACCACCAUUUACAGAUACUACGGAGAUAGAAAGUAAAAAUGUUGAUAAUGAAGUUGAAAAUGUAUUAAAUAAUGUUAAUACGUUGGAAGAUCAGGGUGGUAUUGCAGUUAAUGACAAAAUAAAUGAAAUAGAAGACAUCGAUAUAUUACGAGAAAUGUUACCAGAUUUACAAUAUCAUUCAGAACGAAUUAUUCAACUUCUUAUUCCUAAGACAUCUUUUGUUCUGCAUGUGAAAGAAGCGACUACUAGGGGCACUAAAAUCUAUAAAAAAAAGGAAUUUCUUUUGCAAACUUUAAAAUUAACAACUCUAAAAUAUACAAAAUUAUCUUAUAUUGAUAUAUCAUCCUUUUCACACUAUUUAUCAAAUAAUCAAAUUUAUAUAUUAUUUCUUGCAAAUGCGGCACUACUUCUAUCUGAAUUAUAUGGUUCAUUCUCCAUGCCUCCUACUCUUGAUGACUUAAAAAAGAGGCAUAAUUCGCUUUGUGAAAUAGAGCAAUGGUUUCCUUUUAUGUUCAAUAUUACCUAUUCGCAGUCAUACAUGCAAAUUAUUGAACUACGAACACAAUUAUUUCUAUAUGCAAUAUGGCUUAAUCGAAUUUCAAAUGAUCAUAUAGAUGAUCAAUUUAAAGAGGAUGAUCUGUUAAAAAAAUGUUUUAUGGAUGGAAAUGGUCGAUUUAAAAAAUGGGAGGAAGGAGGAAAAGAAUACUAUGAUGCCUGUCUACAAAGAAUUAAAAAAAUACAAAAAAUUAGACAAUUACCUAUUUCUUUAGAAACAUUAAUUCAAACAUUUCCUUGGUAUCACUUUGUUAAACUAAUGGCAGAAUUUAUCCAAAAUAAUAUAUUAAAUAUUUCGAAUAUAUCACAAGUAACAGGCGAAUCAAAUACACAGGCGUACAGUAAUAAAGAAACAUCUGAUAUUACUCCCAUUAGUCAGCGUUUUUCAAUGGAUUUUCAAAAAAACGAUUUUACCUUUCCAUUAGAACAGAGUAAAGAAUAUUCUUUCAAUUCUGAAAAUGAAGGAGAAAUUUCAGCAAGUGAUAUAAAACAUCUUAGUCAAAUAGUUCUAGAUAUUGAUAAUGAUGAUAAUACCAAAAAAACACCAAAGAGUGAUAAUAAGAAAAAAAAGAGUUUCUUUGAUAAACAAAGUGAUUAUCAAAAAAUCAAAUGGGAUUCACAAAACGAAAACUCUGAAUCAAUAGAAAGUCCUUUAAUUCAUAAUAUACUUGAUAAACCGGCUACAUUCACUAAAAAAGGCAUCUCCUACAACGAGAAAAAAAGAAAAUAUGAAGAACAAAAUGAAUCUAAUUCCGUCGAACAUGAAAGUUUAUUAAAUACAACAGAUUCUAAGAAUAUUUUAGGAACAGAUACAGCUAUUUCUAAUACAUUAUUUAACUCAUCUUCUCAUUCGGGGCUAUCUAGUUUACCUUCUGGUUCAUCUCCUGUCACACCUUCUGCUUCUGCACAAGCUGCCAUGCAGCUUUAUAAAAAAUCACUUACUAUUCAACGUUUAAACUCAAGUUUAUCUGCAGAUAAAAAUAACCGGAGAUCUUUUGAUGAUACAAAACAUAUUGAAGAUAAAUCAGAUGAUGAUCAAUAUAAAGAAUAUAUAGCUGUUAAACAGAAUCUUCGGGAUAAUAAAUUUCGUAAAAAAGAAUAUAAAUCUCAACAUAGAGUUCCCUGGUCAGAAACUGAAACCAAUUGUUUAAUUAAAGCUAUUCAGGAAUAUGGGACUCAAUGGUCUUUCAUAUUAUCGCUUUAUGGGCCUAAUGGAACAUUAAGCCAGGAUUUAGCCGAAAGAGGUCAAGUUCAACUUAAAGAUAAAGCAAGAAAUAUUAAAGAAGAAUAUAUUAGGUUUGAUAUAAUCAUGAUUAUUACAUUUUCUAAAAAUCAAAGGGCUCGAUGGAAACUUCCACCUGGUUUUGAAACUAUUUCAUGCAAAUAUGAUUAA